CUUGAACUCAGAGAAUAUCAGAAGGAACUAGCAGAACCAGCAAUCCAAGGCAAAAAUACCAUCAUCUGCGCACCCACCAAGAGUGGAAAAACGUUUGUGGCGAUAGAAAUAGCAAAGAAGCAUCUCGAAAGGUUGAACAGCGAUUACGAGCAGUUAGGUACGCUAAAAAGUAGUAGUAGUUAAGAAUUUGUUAGAAAAGACCUUUUGAAGCACGAAAUCGGGAAAGGACACAAAUGGAUCCACGCGGCUUUGCUGUCAAUUGACUUUGAAAAAUCUGGAGGGUGCGAAUCGCGAAUAGUUUCAGAGCAAAAAGUAUCGACUUUUUUUUGUACACAAGUAUGCGUACUCGUAAAACGCGGUAAUCCAGCUCUGGAGUUUUCUCUCCAGCUUUUCUUUUUAAUUGAAUGAUAAUAACAAAACAGAAAAGACAAAAGAGAAGACUUUCAGGGGUAUUAACGGAGAAAUAGAAAGCCCUCUUUGUACUUUGAGCAAUAAUUGUUCAAUUGACUCAGUUGAAUUUACUUUAAUAUAAUUUAAAUUUUCUGGCCCCAGUUGUUCAAACGUUGGAUAACGCUAUCCACCGGAUAAAUCACUAUCCAAUGGAUAAGUAUUCGGGAAACUAAUUGCGCUAUCUGUUGGAUAGUGAUUUAUCCGAUGGAUAGUGCUAUCCACCUUUUUGAACAACUGGGGCCUGGUUAGUUUUGUGUUUAUUGUAUAUCUUCGGAGAGACGUUGACCUUCCAGCUUAAGUCAGGGGGUGAAUUGUCCUGGUUAACACAGACGUGCUUUGCCUGUUUUCACAUAUUCCAAUAUUUCCCGAUUAUAAGCUAUUUCAUAACCUUUACGCUUUUUUAUAAAGAUUAAUUUGUUGGUGUCAAUAAGGUUUUCUUUUUCUGCAUGCACUGGCGGGGAUAAUAGAAUUUGCUCUUUAUUUAGUCACCUUUUUGUGCAAUAAUCGAGAAACCAAAGGAAAUCUCUUCUUUGAAGGUAGUUUGGAUAUUUGACACACUCUGUUGUAAAGUUUAAUUAAUAAUUAAAUUUACCUUUGAAUAUCUUCAAAAAUUAUUGCUCGUUUUUAAAGCUACAUCAAACACUCCACUCAUUCUUUCCUGUCAUAUCCAGUCAUCCCAAGGUCGUCCUAAAGAAACGGGGCUGCGCUUCGUUUUUAACCCAAUUUAUGGUUAUCAGAUGAUACAGUACGACUUCGGUGUGAUGAUUUUUUUCAAAUCUUAUUUUAAAUAGCAUCCAGAAACACCAAUAUAAAGAAAGGUCGAGUGGUAUUUAUUGGUCGUACAGUGAAUCAUGUCCUACAGCAAAAGGAAAGAUUUGAGUAUUUCUUGAGUUACAAGUAUCCUGUAGGCGAAAUCUCCGGAGCUAGUUCAACAGACUUUCCGCUCAAGUACCUCUUACAAAGCUACAAUGUUGUGGUGACGACGGCCCAGGUUCUUGUCAACGCACUGAACAGUAAAUACAAAGAGGAACGAGUUGAGCUGAAAGACAUCAGUCUGUUGUUAUUUGAUGAAUGCCAUCACGCUCAUAAGGAGCAUCCUUACAACAAAAUCAUGGAAAGGUACCUCGCCUUAAAGUCUCAGCCAGGAUACCAGCACUGCUUACCACAGGUAUCACACAAUGCGUGUCCACUUAAAGUUAAAGCUCUCAUAAGCGACUACCUCUUGAAUUCAUAACUAACGUAACUAGAGCUGGUCGUUUACGAGAAUGUGCUCCCUUGAGCGAGCGUGUGAUGAACCUGUUGAGAGUCGCAGCUUACGAGAGCUUUUAGUAGAAAGGCUGUUGUUAAUUACCAACACAUCCAGGUUAAAAUAGUAUAGUUCUUAAAACUAUGAAAGGUUUUAAUAACAUGUAGUGACGUGAUACAACUCACUUUGACUCUGACGAUGACUACCGCACCGCUAGUCGAAACGUCAGUCACUGUCAACAACAACAGUCCCAUUCAGGACUACGUUCACCAAAACGACCAUACUCAACCUACUUAUUAAAUAGCUCUUGUUUAUUACUUAUCACGAUCGAAGUUACCGAUCCAUGCCUUGGUGCUUACGUUGUGUAUUACCCAAAAUUUGGUCAAUAAGUAAAAAUAGUUUUAUUCAAGUGUAUGAUUUUCAUGCAUCAUUUUUACCUCUUGCUGUUCGUGUGUAGAUCGUCGGGCUGACUGCUUCGUUUGGUACGGGUAAAGCACCGAGUAGGGACAGAGUGGAAGAACAUAUAAUUCUCGUAUCUGCAAAUUUAGAUGCUGAAACCAUUUCUACUGUGAGGAAAAACCAGACCGAGCUUAAGAAGUACGCAAACAUUCCUGAACGAGCGACUCAUCACGUGGAAAAGAAAAAGCAAGAUCCAUUUGAGAAAAUCAUCUAUAAGGUAGCGUUGGCAAUUAAUUCUUGUCAAGACUGAGAAUAUUAUAUUAGUCUUGCUUUAACAGUUACGAGCCAUCUGGUUUCUCUUACUCGUGACUUGGAAGGUUGGAUACUUUAUUUUUACCUUGCAUGAAGGUAAAUUCGUUAAGCACACUAUUCAAAUUGAAUCUUAGUGCUGUUUAAUUCAAAACACCAGUUCUCGGACAAGGUUUCCCAAGUCAUGGUUCAAUUGACCCUGCCUUAUCUAAAAAGUCAUCUAACCAUCUAUUUUUUCACCCUUAUAUUUGCGAUCAAAAGAGUUAGUCACAUUGAUCAAACGAGCGAGCAGAAAAUUAGUUUGGUCUGGAAUUUGAGCAAGGUACAAAUGACAAUUAUCAACUCGCACCGUAACUUUGCUGUUGUCUAUUAUACCCUUUUUAAUUACCAAAGGGUGGCCAGUUUGUUUUAGUUUACUUUAUCUUUCUUUUUUUAAGGUUAUGACAGCAAUAGAGGCCAGGAUCAAGAAAUUGAAAGGCAAGUCCUUUAAGGCAGUGCCCUCAGACAAAGGAGGUCAACAGUAUCGUCAGUGGGUUGAAGAAUUCUACAAAGAUGCGGUGGCGGUUGGUGACAGGUACCUGGUGACCUACGCAGAACAUCUCCGUGAAUAUCACAUCUCGUUAACUUUGAAUUCAAACACAAGAAUAAAGAAUGGUCAGAGAUAUCUCCAGACAUACUUCGCUUCGUUGGAUAGAGAAAAGUUCACGUCAAUCGAUGAAAAUCUGGAAAAGCUCUUCCAGAAGGCUAUGGAAGCGUUAGACAAAUUCAUCGAAAGGAAUGGCGAGCCUGAAAAUCCGAAGCUAGCGAAACUUAAAGAAUUGCUGUUGGACAACUACAAAGAGCUUCAGCUAAGCGACAAUGGCAAGCAAAUCAAGGCGAGGAAAAACAGAAAUGGAAGUGAAACCAUUGAAGACUGGGCAGAUGAUAAUGGUCCAAAGAAGGUAGGCAACAAGCAAGAUGCAAUGAAUGGAGACGUGGAAGCUUUCAAACUGGCUGAUGAUAACAACACUGGAGCAACUAAAAGCAAAGGUGAAAAGGCAGGGAAUAAGUCCUGUCAAGAAGAAAAUGCCGUAAAAGAUGAUGACAAGACAGCAAAUAUCAGCUUGAAGACAAAGCAAUUCGGUUCUGACACUACUGAGAAUUCCUUCCAUGUCAUAUCCAAUCAAAAUAACAAGCCCGAGGAAAGUGACAGUGGAAUUUUGUGUGUACACGAAGCUGAUACUGCUGAGGGUUCCCCGUCAGACGUCACGGCGGUGCAGUCAGAUUUACCGGACGUAAGUGACAGUGAAGAAAAGGAUGACCGUAAAGACGUCAUUACCGAGGGUUCCUCGUUUGACAAGGCGAACAAAGAAGAUAAGCCUGAGCAAACGGAAGCCGGCCGUCAUCCAGAGUGGGACGGUCCAAAAGGAAUUUUGUUCACUAGCACUCGUGAGGCAACAGAAGCACUCCUGGACUGGAUAAAAGAGACUAAAGAACUUAACGCAGUG